AGCCAGAGGUAAAGGAGAGUAUACCAAACUGUUUGACGACGGAACCUAUAGUUGUGCUGGCUGUGCAACUCCUCUUUACAAGUCCACCACUAAGUUCGACUCUGGUUGUGGCUGGCCUUCCUUCUUCGAUGCAAUCCCUGGUGCCAUUAAACAAACGCCGGAGGCAGGAGGGAGACGAAUGGAGCUAACGUGUGCCACAUGCGAUGGACAUUUAGGUCAUGUUGUCAAAGGAGAAGGUUUUCCCACAGCCACCGAUGAGCGUCAUUGCGUCAACAGUGUUUCUCUCAAGUUUUCCGAAAUUUCUUCCCAAUAAAACGACAUAUCUAUAUUUGAUGACCACUCUUGUUCGACCAAUUCUUCAUCUCCUUCAAGAAAAUUUGAAGAUCAAGUGUGAUUGUUUGAGAUUGUUCUGUUGUGUUUCGUUCCGAGUCAUGUGUGAUAUGCUCCCAUUGUUGUUUGUCACUUGUGUGAUUUUUUUUUCUUUUUACUUAUUUAAUAUUAUAUGUUAUAUUUCCAUUGAUCACCUUGAUAUGUUAAAUGUACGUUAGUCUUAUAUAAUAAA